AUGUUGGGAAUUUUCAGCGGAGCGAUAGUAUCGCCACCGGAAGAGCUGGUGGCUGCCGGAAGCCGAACACCGUCACCGAAGACGACCGGGGAAGCUCUGGUGAACAGAUUCGUCGAGAAAAAUCCAUCCGCCGUGUCCGUACAAGUCGGUGACUAUGUGCAGCUUGCGUACAGCCAUCACAAGGAGAGUCCUCUCCGGCCGAGGUCUUUCGGGGCUAAGGAUGAGAUAUUCAGCUUGUUCGAAGGCUCUCUUGACAACUUAGGAAGCUUGAAGCAGCAAUAUGGGCUUGCAAAGAGUGCGAACGAGGUCCUCUUGGUCAUCGAGGCUUAUAAGACUCUCCGUGACAGAGCUCCUUACCCGGCUAACCACGUCGUGGCUCACCUAAGCGGUGAUUUUGCCUUUGUGGUAUUUGAUAAAUCAACCUCCACUCUGUUUGUAGCCACUGACCAAUUUGGUAAGGUUCCAUUGUACUGGGGAAUAACAGCUGAUGGGUAUGUGGCAUUUGCUGAUGAUAUUGAGUUGCUAAAAGGUGCUUGUGGCAAGUCUCUUGCGUCUUUCCCGCAAGGCUGUUAUUACUCGACGGCUUUAGGUGGGCUCAGGAGCUUUGAGAACCCUAAGAACAAGAUCACUGCCGUUCCUGCUAAGGAGGAAGAAAUUUGGGGAGCUACCUUCAAGGUGGAAGGAGCAGCAGUUCUUGCAGAUUGA